AUGGAAGACAAUAUAACUGUCCAAUUGCCCAAGAUAACCCCAGAUCCUCCAUUGGACAAUAUUUAUACCGCAAGAACCGCAAAUAACUACGAUGACUCGCCGUUUUUCAACCGAUUGAAGACCUACACCCGGUUCCAGGAAAUUGACUGGCUUCACGAAUACAAAAAAGAACGACAGCUACUGAAGCUGAUGGAUAUAAUACCGGGAAUAUCAGGAACCUUCAGACGGAUGCAACAUACCGGAGAGAAAUGGGUGGUGAUAAUUGCCAGUGCCCUACUUACCGGGGUGAUUGUCCUGGUGAUUGACAUAUCUCUGAUUUGGGUCAACGAUCUACGUAAUGGCUAUUGUAAGACCAAUUUCUUACAAUCUAAAAUAACUUGCUGUAAUGCAAUGGCUGAGGGAAUAAAAUGUGAGAACUGGCAUGAUUGGGAUUUCUCGCUGAAUUCUUUUGGACAUUUCCUAAUUUAUGUGUUGACCGCGGUGGUAUUAUCGAUAAUGGCGUUCGUGAUCACUAGAAGACAUCCCAAUGCUGCGAAAUCAGGGAUCGGAGAAAUAAAAAUGAUCAUUUGUGGAUUAAUCUUUGACGAAUUUUUAUCAUUUGGCACCCUUUUCGCUAAGACUGCUAGUUUGAUUCUUGUGGUGGGCGCGGGACUUUGGGUUGGCAAAGAAGGUCCGUUGGUCCACGUUUCUUGUUGUAUAAUGUCACUAGUAAGCUGGAUUAUCAGUCGACACUCCAAUGAAGCGUUGAAAAGGGAAUUAUUGGCAGCAGGGGUCGCGGCGGGGAUCGCCGUAGCAUUUAACGCUCCAAUUGGGGGAGUGCUCUUCGUUAUCGAGCAAGGAUAUUCCAACUUGAGAAUUAAUAAUAUCAUGUGGAAAUCGUUUAUUUGUGCUACGAUUGCCGUGGUGGUGCUUCAAAGUCUCCAUCCGUUCACCGAUGGCCGCAAUGUGGUGUUUACGGUAUCUAACAACAAAGAUUGGUUGAGUGUAGAAAUCUUCCCAUUUAUGAUCCUCGGAGUAUUAGGUGGGGUGUACGGAGCAUUAUUCAGUAAAUUAAACUUCAAGUUUGCUGAAUAUCGAUCGACCCAUUUCCAAGGGGUCAAGAAAAGUUUGUUGGAAAUCUUGAUGAUCGCAGUGGUCACCACGAUUCUCACGUAUCCUUUAAUUUUUGGCAAAUUACCAUUAUCAUUACUCAUCACCAGAUUAUUCAGAGAUUGUGAGGCCAAUGACUCCACCAAUGUCAUUGGUGGGCUUUGCUCGAAAAUACCAGGGGAUUUUCAAUUGAAAGCUUUCACUUUAUUGAUUUUCACCGGGAUUGAAGGAUUUGUAUUGGCAACGUAUACUUAUGGAACCCUUCUCCCCACCGGAGUGCUUAUGCCAUCGCUCGCCAUCGGCGGGUGUUUUGGCCGUUCCCUUGGUUUAAUUGUCGAUUACCUUCAAACCACCCAUCCACACUGGAAGAUUUUUGCUAAUUGCCCAGCGUACGUUGCUCCUGAUGCUAUUGCCACCAGUAGUUGUAUUUCCACCGGGGCCUACGCUGUCAUUGGCGCAGCGUCGUUUCUUGCGGGGAUCACCAAGAACACCGUGUCGGUGGUGGUGAUUAUGUUUGAACUUACGGGGGCGUUAACUUAUGUGCUACCGAUCAUGAUAUCGGUGUUGAUUGCCAAAGUCAUCAACGAUAGUAUUGUGGUAAAGAAUUUCUAUGAGAAAUGGCUCCGGUUCUCAAGUUUCCACUUCCUCGAUCAAAACUUCAAAGAUUUGAAACCAAUGCCAAACAUCAGCGCCUCACAAGUGGCCACGGUUCCCCAAUUCAUUUUUUAUUUGCAUGAUACCUCGGGCAUCACCGUUCAAUCGUUAGUCGAUAUUCUUGAAGAAGUCGAAGAAAUCAAUGCCAAAAACCGUGCCAAUAACCUUCAUAAUAUUAGCGGGUUCCCGGUAUUGGCGUCUCGUAGCAAACCAACGCUUAUUGGCUGGAUAUCCAAAAACGAAUUACAAGUGGAAUUGGACAAUAUUUCCCUGCUUCCACAAUAUAAUUAUGGGCAAAAAGUAACGUUCAAACCAGGAGGCAAAAAAUUCCAAUUGAAUUAUGGCCGGUUCUCAGAGUUUGAGAUCUCCGAUGAUGAUGAAGAUCAAGGUUUGGUAUAUGAAAAUAAUAAUAGUGAAGAUGCGUUAUCGUUAAACCAUGUACUUGAAACUUGCGAUGUUAUCCCGGUAUUUAAAGCAACGUUACCACUAACAACAUUGACGGAUCUUUUUUAUAAAGUGAAUUUCAACUACAUUCUCUUAACCAACUUCCACGGAGAAUUUCAAGGGGUGAUCACCAAGUAUCAGAUGAUUGACAUUGUGGAGCUGGGGUUCAGAGACACUCAUUAUGGUCAAUCGACAUAA